AUGAACCCACGCAAGAAGUCGAAGGCGAAUACCGAGGCAUCUGUUGCUGGCAGCAGCAGCAGCAGCACUGGCCCGGAACUCCCACCUGAGGCCAGCACCACCAGCACAAACACCUCUACAGCGCCUAGUGACAGCGAAGACGUGCAGAAUGCAUCAUCGAACAAAUCGCUAGCCGAGUCGACGGCAACUUCAGACGGCGCAUCGACACCGACAACCACGGGCAGCCAAACACCGCGCGGGAAGAAAUGGCUGGGCGGAACAGGCAGCUGGCGGAUGAAGGCACCGGCCGUAGUGAAAACAGCCAAGGAGAGCAUCGGCGUUGCUGGCGGUGCUACGGGCGAGCUGCCCGGGGAGGAGGCGAGGAAGCCCAGGGACGACUCGCCAACCAAGUUCCUCACCAAGCGCAAGUCGAGUAAAGGAAGCGCACUGCCGACUUCGAUAACCAAAGUCAAUGUCGGCUCGGACGGGCUGACCGAAGAGCCAAAACCACCAACGCCUGCCAAAGAAGACGACGAUACAGCCAUGCCCAAGAUCAGCGAACCCCCAUUGCCGCCACAUCCUCCCCCAAUACCGUCGACCGACCAGGCUGCCAACACUUGGGGCUGGCGCAGUUGGUGGUCGAGACCCGACGGAUACUCAGAAGCAGGCAAGGCUAGAAGUGAGGCGCAAGGCACCAUACAAGAGGCGCAGAGCACACCUCUGCCUGGGCCCACGCCCUCAGAGGAGGCAGAUGCGAAAGCAAAGGGGCUGGAUAGCGCUGGGGCAACGCAGAAUAGUCAAGCGAAAGAUCAGGCGGGGAAAGAUGCGACAGCUCAGGGCGCUCAAGAUCAAAAGACACAAAUGCAAGAUGCGCCAAAUGCGGCCGGCAAACCUCAGGCGAGAAACACAUCGUGGUUCUGGGGUUGGAGCAGCGCGCAGAAUGCUCAAGCCAACCCUUCCGAGGCGCCCUCGACAGAAGCAGCAUCUGCACCGAAAUCUGACAACGUAGAGGUACCGCCCUCGGAGACGCAGCCUACUUCCACCACCGAGGAGCCGCACUCGUCCGAGACCGCUAUGCUCACCACGGCAGAGGGGGUGACCGAAACUGCAUCAACGACUACUAGCAGUACGCCGUCAAAGCCAUCGGCUUGGGCAUUUUGGUACAGAGGCAAGCCAGACGUGGAGAGCAAGUCAACAAAUGGCCAGCCGCAGAAACAUGUUGGGGAGGUCGCUGUAUUCAACACACCCUCACAAUCAAACCCAGAAGCCGCUCAGUUCAACGAGCAAGAGCAGUCCCCAGCGGAAUCGGGCAUGCCAAAGGAUUCGAAACAGUCGGAACAGCCACAGGAAGCACCAGAGCCAUCUAAAGUAGAGUCCUUGGCGAGGAGAUCUUUCCGUUCGCUAAGAGGUCGGCCCAAGUCUACCAGCAAACCCAUCGAGACACCUGUGGAGUCGCCGGCUUCCAGCAAGGCUGCGACGCCAACAAAGACCUCGCCGGUACUAGAACCCACACGCCCCGAAUCCGCCCCAUCAGCUCAGCCCGCGCCCAAAGCGCUUGCGAAGGCCAAGCAAGAGCCGCCAAAUCUACUCAUGCCAGAGUUCAAGACCACGUAUCGAUUGGUACAGCAGCCCAAGUUCUGGCAACAAAUCCGGCAAUACUUCCUCGGCGGAGAAGCACCCGCACCACAUCUCCACAUCAACCCAGCACCGCCACGGAUUAAGAAAGCCGUAGCAAUUGGAGUACAUGGCUUCUUCCCAGCUCCCAUUAUCCAGAAAGUCCUCGGUCAGCCAACGGGCACUUCGAUUCGCUUUGCCAACGCCGCUGCUGCAGCAAUCAAGGACUGGACUGAGGCGCGAGGCUACUCUCCAGAGAUCGAGCAAAUCGCGCUGGAGGGAGAAGGGUUUAUUGCUGAGCGUGUCAAUACAUUGUGGAAGUUGCUUCUGAACUGGAUCGAGCACAUCAAGCAAGCAGAUUUCAUUCUCGUUGCAUGUCACUCCCAAGGUGUACCGGUAGCGAUGAUGCUGGUGGCCAAGCUCAUACAGUUUGGAUGCGUCAAUGCGACACGCAUCGGCGUAUGCGCAAUGGCGGGCGUUAAUAUGGGUCCUUUCAUCGAGUACAAGACAAAGUACUUUGGUCCUACUGCUGCUGAGCUUUUCGAGUUCAGCAACCCAAAGAGUCUGGUCAGUCAGAUGUAUCUCGCAGCGCUGGACGAAGUUUUGAGAUUUGGCGUGCGCAUUUGUUACGUUGGCAGCAUCGAUGACCAACUGGUGUCUCUCGAAUCCUCAACCUUCUCCACCCUUUCGCACCCCUACAUAUACCGUGCCGUCUUCGUCGAUGGCCGCAUCCACGCCCCUGACUUCCUCACUCACCUUGUCGGCUUCGCCCUGAAGCUUCGUAAUCUCGGCCUCCCAGACCACGGCCUGAUCCGCGAACUCUCGCCCGCACUCGCCGGCUCCCUCUACGGCGGCGAAGGCCACUCCCGCGUGUACGAAGAUCCCGCCAUUUACUCCCUCGCAGUGCAACACGCGCUUGAAACUACCUCCCUACCGGUUGCGCCAAAAGACCGACCCUCCACGGCGGGAAGCUUCCAGGGCAUCAACAUACCAAUCAUUGGCGAGAAGCCAUAUGUUAAGGACGUCUACAAGCUCCGCGUGAAGGACUACGAACCUUCUGCUACAAGCGCGAAUCCGAACCCGUUCUUCUUACCGUGGGCUAUGCGGGGCUUACUGGAGGAAGACUUCGUGAAAAAAGAGCUGGGCCAAGAGGUUGAAGAGCUGUUGGGCAUGUUUGAGGAGUGGAAGCCGACUGCGAAACAAUUGAAGGAUGUCAAAUUCAGGCUAGAGGGUGUGAGGAGUAAGCUUUGA